GCAGUAAGGAGGGAAAUUUAAAACGUCCGGACUGCCCGGAGGUGACAGACAACAUAGUUGCUCGAUAAAGACUUAGCAACAUAAAAGUCAACAGAGAAGUUUAAAAGCAUCAGGAAAACAUUACUCACACAGAGAUGAAUGGUUCUAAACGAGUAUGACCGUCUUAGUCACAAAAUGGAGACUCGUCACGACCAGAGUUUAGACUCACCCUCCAAAAACAGUUAUAUUGGGAGCUAUUACCAGCCUCCAGACAGGAUAAUACCCAUACCAAGGCAGCUGGAUUUCUCAGCAAAUUCUUCCACCAGCUUGGACCCACAUACCGGCAGUCGCCAGGUGUCUCAGACGAGACCUAACGUUGACAGCAAAGCUGUUGUUGAUGCUCUGAAGAACCUCCAGGAGAAAAUAAGGCAGUUGGAGCUGGAAAGGAAACAGGCAGAGAAGAAUUAUCUGCAGUUUUCACGUGAUGCACAGAGGCGGCAAAGGGGUGAAACGUCUUACACGAUUCCCAGUCAACAGACAGCCAGCGUGCUUGAGACAGAUAAUUCUGGCAGGAAUGAGGUGGACUCAAAGCUGCAGUCUGCAGAGGCUCGCUGUAAGAUUCUUGAGAAGCAGCUAGACUAUAUGAGGAUAAUGGUUGAAAAUGCCAAUAAGGAGGGUAAUACUCACAUCGAGAGUCAGAACCAGAAGCCGAGCAGCUCAAAGUCCUUAACUCAGCAGGAUAAGCUGGAGAAACUUGAAUCAGAGUGUCUCAAAUUGAACAGGACCCAAACUGCAGCAGCGAAGAAGCUUGCCAUUCUGGAGCAAAAACUUCUACAAGAAGAGCAUGAGCGUAAACGGGUACAGGAGAAAGCUGAUGAGCUGCAGAGGGAGCUGAACAUCAACCUUCGAAUGUCUAUGGCAACUAAUGAAGAGAUAACGCCAAAGAAGACAAAAACCACCACCAAGAAAGCCAAACAGAUUGAGCUUGCUUCACCAUGUGACCCAAGACGCAAAAAAAUGCCAUUUGUAGCAGGAACGUCACUUAGCCCAAGCCACUCAGUCCACGCCAAUGUACAGAGUAUCCUUCACAUGAUGAAGCACCACCAGCCCCAGCUUUGUGAGCGAGUGAGCGCUCUGCACGGGUCUGGCUGUGCAGCCAGGAAAAACCUACAUAAAGAUUUCACUCCAUCUUCCACUGGUCUCAAGAAGAAUGACAGCCGAUCUGGGCAAGAAGCUCAGUCCCUGAACUCACUGUCUGACCUGCUGUUGGCUCUGCAGGACGAGCUAGGACAGAUGAGCUUUGAGCAUCAGGAGUUAGUGCAUCAGAUUGAUUCAACUCACCAACCGGAAGAGAAGCAGGACCUGCAGAGAGAACUGGAGAGGCUGGUGACCAGGAUGGAAGAGAAGGGAGUCCAUAUCACCAAGCUCCGCAAACACCAGCACACAGUCCAUAAACUGACUCAGAGUCAGCCGUGCGCUGAGGAACCCACAGCCAAGAAGUUGAGUGGUAUCAGACCACCUGCUCCUUCUCCUGUUAAGGAUAAACAGAAGGGAAAGAAACGUGGGACCACUCAAAACAACCUGCAGCUUCUUCGGGAGACCCAGAAAUUCAGAAAAAGCCUCAAACAAGAUGAUAUCUUCUGGGAAACAUGAGCUUCUCUGCAAGACCAUGCAGGCUUUGAUCUACAGCUGGAUGAACCACAAGACUCUGCUUGGUUCCUUUCACUUUGUUUUCCUCUCUUUACAAAUGAUUUAUUUUAGACAAAAAGAGGGAAUUAAGUGUUUGACACAGGAUGUGAUAAUGUUGUGAUAGUCAAACCUGGAUUUAUGAGAAAUCUUCACACACAGAGUCCUUCAUAGAAAGACUGUGAAUCGUAACUUCAAACAGUAUAAUGUGAUUUGUGUUUGUUAAGUCUAUCUAAUCUCAAUUGAAGAUGUAAUAACUUGAAUACCUUUAAAAUUUUUAAUAAAGCUUAUGCUCUUCCAA